AUGGAGAUCACUGCGCAACUGGAUACCAACAACCGUCCCGAUGAGUGGAAGAUCGAACAGGGUAUGGCAGGCCACAAGCUGCCUAUCCUAGAUCAGACUGGGAGUGAUACCAUCAACCUUUAUCCUCCACCACCUGUCAAGAUCAUCAAGGACGAGGAAGCUAUUCAGUCGGUGGGCGAUCGUGACAAGCUGUUCUCUCGAGAGCGUGUGGGUUGGAAAGGAUACGUCGAAUGGGAGAACUUCCCGGAGAAGAAGAGCAAAGCCAAGAAGAUCUUGGCAUCUCAGACCUUCCCGGAAUGCCCUGACUUCAUGUUCGGUCCCAUCCCCGGCACCAACCCCGUCCUCCCUGGUGAUGACUUCAAAGCCUGGCAUGCGGCUCUCGGCGGAGAACUCACCACCGUGUCUGAUGACUCCUGGCGCACGGUGCUUCGCGAGAAGCAUCCCGAUAUGCUUCACCUUCUUCAGUUCCCCUACAACGGCGAGCCCCCGAAGCGACUAGUCACUUCUAAAGUGAUCACACCCAACCCGCUCCACUUCGUCCGAAACCAUGGCGGAAUUCCCAUUAUCGACAAGGAUAAGUGGGAUCUGUCACUGGAUGGAUUGGUUGCAAACCCCAAGACCUAUACUCUGGACGAUAUUAUGGAUGAGUCCAGGUUCCCCCGUAUGGAGAAGACCGUUACUAUUCAGUGCUCGGGAACCCGCCGCAUCGAACAAAUUGCAUUGUACGGCGGCCAGGGUGACGAAGUGCCUCAGGCUCCAUGGGCCGAGGGUGCCAUUGGCACCGCUCGCUAUGUGGGUAUCAGUUUAAAGAAGCUGAUCAAGGAUUGCGGCGGUUUGCUCAAGCCUGCCAAGCACCUUGAGCUCUACGGGGCCGAGACCUAUGUCAAGGAUCUCGAGGUAGGCAACUAUGUUGUCAGUGUCCCAUGGUCUAAGGUUAAGGCCAACGAGGUUAUUCUGGCCUGGGAGAUGAACGGUGAGCCUCUACCGAAGAUCCACGGGUACCCACUCCGGGUCGUCGUUCUGGGAUAUAUUGGCGCUCGAAGCGUCAAGUGGUUGUACCGCAUCAAGGCCAUCGAGAAUCCCUCUCGUGCUCCCGUUCAGAGCAGGGAGUAUCUAUACUUCAACCAGCAGGUUGGCAAGUACAACCAGCGUCCCACAGACGGCAUCCAAAUCCAAGAAAUGCCCGUCAGCUCGGCCAUCAUGUCACCCUGGACUAAGCAAGCUGUCGUCCACACGGGCAAGAUCAGAUGCAAGGGCUGGGCAUACUCCGGUGGAGGCCGAUGGCCCGAGCGAGUCGAGCUGUCUGCCGAUGGAGGCUUCACUUGGUACGAUGUGCCACCAGAGAAACUGUCCAAGAAGGGCAAGUGGACCUGGAGAACAUGGGAAUAUGAUCUCCCUUGCGAUGUGGAAGGCUGGAUUGAGAUUGUGUGUCGCUGCUGGGACAAUUCGCUCAACACGCAGCCACUGAAUGUUCGCGCGGCAUGGAAUUGGGGUCUGCAUGUUACCUCCUCGGCACAUCGCAUCAAGGUUUACAGUAUCAAUAAGAGUCGGGAGAUUACCAGGAAACGGUUGGACAAGUAUGAGCAUCUUGGUAUUCCUUUGGCUCCUGUGACUCGCUAUGAGAUUGUUCCUGGUCAGACGCCAGAAGAGUAUGAGCAGUACUGGAUGGAUCACGAUCCCCGCGAUGUCGAUGAUUGA